UGUGUUUGGCUACGGUGGAGAGCACUGUUGUUACUGUGGUCGUCAAUUUUAACUAAUACUAGUAGAGAAGGAAUUAUACACUGCGACGCGGGUCUCGGGCCAAUUUAUUUGGGUUCGGGCCUGCGCAAAAACUAUGGCAGCCAUUCUUUAGACUGGUACCAGAUUCAAUUGGUGCUUGUUUAUUUAAGAAAAAUAAGCACUACAGAGCUAAAAAAUCACGUUAAUCUAAUCGAUGAAACCCAUUAGAACUCCGACCAAAUUUCCCCACCAUGUUUUAACUGCCGCUCAAAACUUCGAGGCUUCAAUCACUCAGAUACUAGACAAGAGCCCAGAUAUCAAGACCCUUAAGAAACUCCAUUCCAGGAUUAUUACUGAUCGAAAUUUGUACUCGAACACGUCCCUUGCUAUCAAGUUAAUGCGGGCUUAUGCUGCGCGGGGCAAACCAAAUGUCACCCGCAAGGUGUUCGACGAAAUUCCCGAAAGAAAUAAUGUUAUUUGCAAUGUCAUGAUCAGAAGUUAUGUGAAUAACCAUUUCCACAAAGAUGCAAUUUUGAUGUACAAGAGCAUGCUAGCCUCUGGCGUCGCACCGGAUCAUUACACGUUGCCUUGUAUUCUGAAAGCCUGCUCAGCCUCGGAGGAUUUGAGGUUUGGGCUGCAAAUACAUUGUCCUGCAGUGAAGAAGGGUCUCGAUUUGAACCUGUUUACUGGUAAUAGUCUCGUGUCAAUGUACGGGAAAUGUGGGAAAUUGGUGGAUGCAAGAAAGGUUUUUGAUGAAAUGCCGUAUAAGGACAUCGUCUCUUGGAAUUCGUUGGUGGCGGUUUAUUCCCAGAAUGGAUGCUUCGAUGAAGCACUUGAGGCGUGUAAAGAAAUGGACUCGUUAGGUGUGAAACCCGAUCCAGGCACAAUGGCUAGUCUCUCCCCUGCUGUGACUAACACGAGUGCAGAAAAUGUCGCGUUCGUGAAGAAAAUCUUCUUGGAUAUGGCUAAAGAGGAAUUAGUGGCAUGGAAUGUAAUGAUAGCCAUGUACUCGAAUAACUCCAUGUCUAGUGAAGCAGUUGGCCUUUAUUCACAAAUGGAAUCCCGGGGUAUAAAACCGGAUGCAAUUACUAUAGCUAGUGUUCUUCCAUCUUGCGGUGAUCUUUCUGCUGUAUCACUAGGCAAGCGUAUUCACGAAUACAUUGAGAUGAAGGGGCUAAAGCCUAAUUUGUCAUUAGAGAAUGCGUUAAUUGACAUGUACGCCAAAUGUGGAUGUUUGAAAGAAGCGAGGGAAGUAUUUGACGAUAUGCAAAUCAAGGAUGUCAUUUCGUGGACUUCGAUGAUGUCAGCCUAUGGUCGGUGUGGGAAAGGCGAGCAAGCCAUUGAAUUAUUCUCCAAAAUGCUAGAGUUAGGUCUGGUCCCAGAUUCAAUAGCUUUUGUUUCGAUUCUUUCGGCUUGCAGCCAUGCAGGGUUAUUACCAGAAGGAUGGAAUUAUUACAAAUUGAUGACCGAAGAGUAUAAAAUAGCUCCCAGAUUAGAACAUUCUGCUUGCAUGGUGGAUCUAUUUGGGCGGGCGGGUAGAGUGGAUGAGGCCUAUGCUCAUAUUAAGCAGAUGCCAUUAGAGCCGAAUGAUAGGGUGUGGGGAGCUCUACUGAGCGCUUGCCAUGUCUAUAAUAACAUGGAUAUUGGCGUUUUAGCCGCCGAUCGUCUUUUCCAAUUGGCACCUGAAAAAUCGGGUUAUUAUGUUUUAUUAUCGAAUAUUUAUGCAAAGGCUGGGAGAUGGAAAGAUGUAACAUUGAUUCGCUCGAUCAUGAAAGAGCGAGGAAUCAAGAAAAUUCCUGGCAUUAGCAAUGUUGAGCUUCGUGGUCAAGUCCACACGUUUCUUGCUGGUGAUAGAUCACACCCACAGUGUGAGGAGAUUUAUCGAGAGUUGGAUGUGUUAAUAGGGAAAAUGAAAGAAAUUGGUUAUGUUCCGAAAACUGAUACUGCACUACAUGAUGUGGAGGAUGAAGAGAAGGAGAAUCAUCUUGUGGUACACAGUGAAAAGUUGGCUAUUGUGUUUGCCACUAUCAAUAGUGGGCCAGGGGUGCCGAUUAGGGUUACUAAAAAUCUCCGUGUGUGUGAGGAUUGCCACAUUGCUAUCAAGUUCAUUUCUAAGAUAACCGAGCGUGAAAUUAUAGUGAGGGAUACAAAUCGAUAUCACCAUUUUGAAAAUGGGAUUUGCUCGUGUGGUGAUUAUUGGUGAUUUAUAUAAGAAAAAUGAUGUCAAUGGGUCCCACCUGCAGUUCUCCGAAUAUAUAGCACAAUAUGCUGCUUGAUGAUUUGCUUCGAAAAAACCUGGACUCCAGGAAGAGAGUACAGCAGAGAUUGGCAUUGUACCAGGGGGCUCAUUUACGAGGAGUUCGCCAAUAUCUGUGGUUUCUUACAGCAGAAGCCUCAAUAUCUUUCCCGCCAUCCGAACUCGAGUACUUAAGGAACUGCGGCGCAGUGUUGGCAUCUGAGCUGCCAGAUCUCUUAUGA